UGAGGUCUCUCUCACUGAUAGCAGAGCAGGCAGAGCAGCAGAUGUCGAAAGCCCCCUUGUAGGAUGUCCGAUGACUGGACGCACUCGUGUUUACAUCCACUCGGUUUCUAGAAGAGGCGGGGAUGCGCGCACACCGUUAACUAUGAUGCAGGCGCCGAUCGGCACAGAAUAAACCGGGAUCUCCCUCAAGUGGCCCGCAUACCAUGACGAAGAAAGUACUGGAUUUUAUCCCAGAGAGAAAUUCGGUGGCUACAGAACAACGGGAGAGUUCCCAAUCGUCUAAGACACAGUGAGCUGCGGCUGGAAAGAGUUGCUGUGUCUGCAUUUGCCUGAGAUGUCAGAACCAUGCUGCCCAAGUGGAAGAGUCGCAACAGACUUUGCAGUGUAAAUCCAGUCCAGUUUAUCUUUCAGCAGACUUCCCCUCCCACCACCUUGUGGAUGCAAACUAAACAAUCUCUAGCGGCUCCUUGUGGUGUGGAGGAAUGAAGGCCAUGGAGCUAAAAGUGUGGGUGGACGGAGUGCAGCGCAUUGUGUGCGGGGUCACGGAGUUCACCACAUGCCAGGAAGUGGUCAUCGCUUUGGCACAAGCCAUUGGACGGACAGGCAGAUACACUUUGAUCGAGAAAUGGCGGGAGACAGAGCGCCACCUGGCUCCAAAUGAAAACCCUGUAGUGUCCCUGAACAAGUGGGGCCAGUAUGCCAGUGACGUGCAGCUCAUCCUCCAGCGGACCGGCCCGUCUGUCAGCGAGCGGCCAACUUCUGAAGGGCUGGCUCGUGUCCCAGAACGAGGUCUAUACCGCCAGAGCCUUCCACCUCUGGCCAAGCUCCGCCCAUCGGGGACAGACCGGUCGCUCAAACGAAAGGAACCCAAACGCAAAUCUCUGACCUUCACAGGAGGCGCCAAGGGUCUGCGGGAAAUAUUUGGAAAAAGCAGAGAUACUGAUGUCAAACAGUCCCAGCAGCACGGUGUGAGUUUAAACCUCAGCAGAGUUGGAGGAGGUGGAAUAGCAUCUGUACCUGGGAGUCCGGCCAGAGAGCUGAGCCGACUGGUGCAGCUGCAGAGAGACAAACUCCAGGCCCUGGAAAGCCGCCUGCUGGGCUGCGAGGCUGAGCUGCGAGACUGGGAGGAGGCCACAGGCGAGGCCAGCGAUGAAGGAAACUUGGAGGAAGAGCUGCUGCUUUUAGAGCAGCAGGUGAGGAGGAAUGACGCCGAGAUGGAGGAGGAGGAAUUCUGGCAGAACGAGUUGCAGAUAGAGCAGGAGAGCGAGUGGCAGCUGCGGCAACAGCUAGCCGAGCUGCAGGGCCGUGUACGCGACUGUGAAGCCAAGCUUUCGGAGUAUCUAGCUCACAUACAGAGCAUGGAGGCAGGCGUGGAGCAGGAGCAACUGCAGCAGGAGGCUGAGCUGAAACAAAGGGUCAAUGAGGAAGAGGUACAAGCCCAGCUGGAGAAAGUGAGGGCAGAGUUGGAAAUGCAGAGCCAACAAACAGCACGGCUGGAGAACAGCUGCAGGGCAUUGGAACGCUCGCUCAGCCAGUCAGGCAAGAGAUUACAGGAGAAAGAGCAGGAGCUGGAGCAGCUGACAAAAGAGCUUCGACAGGUCAACCUACAGCAGUUCAUUCAGCAGACUGGUACCAAGGUCACUGUGCUGCCGGCUGAACCAUCAGAAGAGAUCAGCAGCGGUAUAAAGACGGAGUGCGGUUCCCUGAAACGACUUGGCUCCUCCCGUCUCUUACCCAGUGACCUUCGUGCUCUUCAGAGCGCCGUCUCUUCCACCCUCAACCCUGAAGGCAUCUACGUUUGACCCUAAAUGUCCAGGAGGCAUAUUUUUUUGUGGCGGUAGCAAGGCAGCUUUAUGCUACUGAAACUAUUUCCACACACAGAAAACCGAAGAAAUGACUCCACAAAUAGAUGUUUUUCUUACAAGGCAACAGAGUGUCAGAGUGGCACUUCAAUAUGGAGGGUUUUUGCAAAAAAAAAAAGAGUGUGACAAGAAAACUGCACUGCCUCCUCUUCACUAGUAUUGAACUUAAACUGAUGUCAUCAUCUGCCGUUUAAUGCACAGUCUGAGCUCCCAUGAGUGAGUGAGGAUAACUGCAACAGCACCAUUUUUCUCUACAUACCAGCUACUGUGUUUUUAUUUUUGUUUGUUUGGGUUUUUUUAGCACUUCCGGACACACUCUGAAUACACAAUCAUUUAUUAGUCAAGUGAUUCCCGGCAAAAAAACUGUAACAUGUGCAGUAAAUCAUGAGAGAAUUUCAGAGUGCAGUAGUUUGACACGCGUACUCGUCUACAUCCAAAAAUAGAGACAGAUGCAUGAGCAUGCACAAACAGUGACUCCUGUGCUACAAGCAUAGCCAUAUCUGAUUGCCUUAAAACUAGACGUUAGUAAAUGUAAUAUUGAAACAGAACUCAAGGUAGCUACUGAGUACUGUGCGCAGUGUGAAUUUGAUAAAAUGCGCCGAUUCAGGUGACUCCUUGUCACGGUAACUGAUGUCAGUACACCUCCACGUGGGGUUAGUCUUCUUUUUUUCUAAAAGAGUUUGAACUUAUUUUUUGAUUUUAUUUACUAGUAAGUUAGCUUCGUGUAUAUGUUUAGACGGCGAUUGAAAACAUUUAUCGUAAAAUGUAUGUCAGAGGCAGAGUUAAAGGAGGGCGACUAAAGAGGCCAAUGAAGUGAUAUUUUCAGUAGAACAUGGUGGCUGUAAUGUGGCCCAAGUUAAGUAUUAUGUGUUGUGCAGUAGGCAUGCAUCUGUUGUUUUUCUCAUAAUGAAAAUGUCUUUAGUAUGGAAGCUUGUUGCUGCCAUUGAAAAAAAGGGUUUUUUUGUCAUCAGUAUGUCAGAAUUUCAGCUUCUUAUCUCAGAGUUAUUUUCUAAGAGGUUUAAGCAUGUUACAGUUUUGAGAUAAGAACCAGAUUUUUUUUCUUACAGUUGACUUAUGCAAAAAAUAUAAGAAUUUAAGAAAAAACGACAAAAAACAGUGGUGGAAACAAGCUUCUACACUUGGGUGUAAAUCCAGGCUCGAAUAAUUUAUCACUGUGACCACCAGGUGGCAGCAAAACAUCUAUCAUUCAGGUAGGCGAAAGGCUCUUUAAGUGAUCUGAUUAGUGCGUGUUUAUGGGUCACAUACUGUAUGCCUGUUGUUGUUGUAACAAAGCCUCUGCACUUUAGCUUUAAUUGUGUUAAGGUGAGAGUGUUUGAUAUGUUUCACUGUGUACUGUGUUCGUUAACCAGGAACACACACACACAUAUCAAAACAGCAUCCAGUGAUUUCUAACAAACUUAAGAUGUCUUCUAUGAACCAAAGCUAGUGUCACACAACAGAUGGUUAGAUGAAUGUAUUUUUUUGUGUAUGUGCAGCUUGUGCUUAAUAAACAUACCAGCUUCAUUCAAAUGGUGGCUGCGCUGCACACCAUACAUAUUUUAUAUUUUAUGGUCAGCUCUGUCGCGCAGAAAGACGACGUUUAUAUCACAAAAGACAGUAUUAGAAGUCUGAGAUAGAAGAUGUUAGUAUGAACCUUUGCCAGCUGAAUUGGAGAAACCCAAACUGCUUGUGAAUCCUCAGUAUGGGCUCAGAAAACUGCAAAAAAUUGCAGCUGUUAAAUAAAAAAUCAAUAUUGGCCCUGUUUUUUUGUGGGUUUUUCCCCCCAGCCCAAAGAUAGAAGCCAAAAUUUCCCACUUGCAAGUUGCGGGUGCUUAUUGCAAAGUGUGUGGGCAAAUAUAACUAAAGUUUCAGAGUCAAGAAUAUCACACGCAGUUUAAUGCUUUGAAUCCAGUCUUCAGAAGAAGCACGUUCCUUCUGUUUUUCGAGCUGAUUUAAUUUGGGCGACAACAAAUCUUUUCCACUCAUUUACAAACCUGAAUUUCCCUCGCAGUGUUCUCUGUGUAGCUAACUUCAUUUCACAGGCUCCAAAUCUUAUCGACUAUUAUUUGAACCCAUGUGAAGAAGCUGCAGGUGUAUAAUAAAGUGAAACCCUCCCUCCGGUGUGAAGAGCCUCGCUUGACUGUUUGCUUUGCUGUGCAAAGGGGACCCGUAGUCCUCUGAAACUGUCCGGGGACACUUACAGAGGAUUGCAGCAUUAUCAGCAACUCCAGCUGUGACACAGACGCUGUGACCUGCUGAGAAAGGAAUCACAAUGGCAUGCCUUAUAAAGAGAACAAAAACUGUACAUUUCUACAUAUCACAUCAAUCUAUGGACUGUUUCUAAAGUAGAUUGAAGUCAGAUAUAUGCAGAGUGCUUAAGAUGUUAGAUUAUAAUGCUGUAGCUCAAUAGGCAGCGUGUGCGUGCAAUAAUGUGCGACUGGUUUCAUUGGUUUCCCAGCAAACCGUGACUCGUUUUGGUUUUGGUUCGCAUUGUCCCUUCUGCCUCGAUGACGAAUGAGCUUAGUCAAAAAAUGGCAUUUUCAUGCCUUUUCAUUUAACUUUGGCAAAAAACAAACAAACAAUAACAUUCAUGAAUGUAAAAGAGAGACGGCAAUACGUUUACCUGCAUUGCUCUUUUUUUCUUUUCCUUGUUUUCAUGUUUAGAGACAUUGCCAAUAAUUGGCGUCUAUUAUGCCAUCAAAAGUGCAUAUACAAAUGAGAUGAUGGAGCCAUUAUGGAAACAGCCAUCAAGAGGUUUUGAAAGCUAUUUAAAAAAAAUGUUGUGGCUCAGGGAUACACAGAAUUACCCAGACAAGAAUGGACUGAAAGUAAUUAUGGAUAAACGCUGUUCACGAUGUCUCGAGCCAUUUGACAAGUUAAAGUGGUUGUUUGGUCUCUCGGGGACUUCAACAGCUGUUUGACAAGUAUAACGUGUAGCACGGGGUCCUAGAUGCGACACAACACACAUCCCCAAAGUAAGAGAUGUACUCAAAGUGAAGUGUUUCUGUUGCCUGGUGAUUCACAUGGAAACUAGUGCAAUUUAUAUCUCAUGUAUUAUGGAGACAUACACCAGACGAGGCCCGCGAUAAGAGGCAUAAUCCGGGGUUUCGUUCAAGCCGAUGAUUUUGCAGUGCAAUUGUGUUCUUGAAACACAUCUCAAAGCAUUUACAAAACACUUGGAUGGACUGGUUGGCUAACAUCAUGACAAAUUGUAUAUUCAAAAUGUUAUGGUUUUGUAUUCUUUAACUAUGAAAUCAUUAACAAUAUUUUUUGUCAGAACUAGAACUGAUUCAGUUUUAGUCUUUGGGCCGCUAUUUAUGGAAGAAAUAAAAACUAUCGAGAACAAUGUAAAAUAUAUGAAGAAAUGAUUAUCUACUGUAAAAAAGAUGCCAGAAAUCAAUAAACUGCUAUGCCGUGCUA